AUGGAGACCAAAAUCCACCACCCGUACACCUGGAAGAUGGUGCUGUACAUCGUCAACGUCUGCUGGGCGUCGGCGGCGUACGGCUAUGCCAGCAGUAUCAUCGCCACCACCCUCGGCCAGCCAUCUUUCUACGCGUACAUGGGCCUUGACACCAACCCCAACACCGCUGCCCUGAUUGGUGCCAUGAACGGUCUGUACUACACAGGCGGAUUCUUCGGCUGCGUGGCGAUUGGCAAGAUCGCCGACCGCUGGGGGCGGAAGAUGUCCAUCUAUAUCGGAAUUGUUAUCGUUCUGAUCUCCAAUGCGCUGCUUGCGGGCUCGGUGAACACGGCGAUGUUUAUUGUGUUUCGCUUUUUCCAAGGCGUCGGUGCUUUCAUCGAGCUGGCUACCGUGCCGCUAUGGAUCACAGAGGUGGUACCACCCAAAGAUCGGGGCAUGCUGAUCGACCUGCACCCGAUCUUUGCCAACAUCGGCUACGUGAUGGCAUCGUACGUUGGAGUCGGUUUCUUCUACUACAAGAAUGCCGCCGGGAACGAGUGGCGCGCCCCGCUCGCGAUUGGAUGUCUGCCCUGCAUUCUGUGUCUGGUCAGCAUGCCCUUCGUGCCGGAGAGCCCUCGCUGGCUCCUUUUGAAGGGCCGCAGAGAAGAAGCAUGGCAGAUCGUCAAGAGUCUGCACCACUCACCCCACACAGACAACACCUCGUUCGCCGAGCGAGAGUUCUACCUGAUGCGCGAGCAGACCGAGUACGAGCGCACUCACAAGAUGACGACCUGGCAGAUGCUGAAGAGCCCUGCGUACCGCAAGCGUCUGCUCAUCGGCUGCGGGUUGCCGUUCCUUUUGCAGAGCUCGGGAGUCUUGGUCAUCAAUAAUUACGGCACCUUGUUGUACAGCGGUCUCGGGUUCGGUCCUGAGCAGCAACUCCAUCUCCAGGCUGGCUGGCUUGUUGUCUCGUUCGUUCUGAACUGUGUCGCCGUGCUAAUCGUCGAUCGCCUGCCACGACCGGUGCUCAUAACAAUCGGACUGGUCGGCGCCGCGGCGGCUCUGAUCGUCGAGUGUGCCAUCCAGGCCAGCUACCUGGGCACGGACAAUCGCUCUGCCCUCGCCGCCGGCGUCGCCAUGCUCUACGUCUACGUCUUCUUCUACGCCAUGUUCCUGGACGGGCCGACGUUUUUCUAUCUGGGAGAGAUCUUCCCAACCCACGCACGCUCCCAGGGCCUGACGCUGGGCAUGGCCAGCUUCUGUCUCGCGGACAUCGUCUGGCUGCAGGCGGCCCCGACCGCGUUCCAGAAUAUUGGGUGGAAGUAUUAUCUGUUUUUCAUCAUAAUCACGGCCGCCGGCGCGGCGUGGGCGUGGUUCACGUUCCCGGAUACACGAAAUCUGCCGCUCGAGCAGAUUGCGGUCUUGUUCGGCGACGUGGACCACCAAGCACCCGAGUUGCGGGCAAUACCAGCAGAGCCUGUGACCAAGAUUGCUCAGCAUGACGAGGGCAGGAUGGAGACAGAGAAACACGUGGAGCUCGAGGAGCGUGAGACACUGUAG